AUGUCGACGACGGCAACAAUAACACCCGUAUUCGAUCAAACUGUUGCUGCAACUUAUGUCAAUCUUGCAGACGAACGUGUUGGCACUCAAAUCGUGUCUGUUUCGGAUGAAUUCUUUGCGGCAGCUGUUCGUAUGCUCGAUCCGAAACCAGCUGUUUUUCACCCUGGACGAUUCGACGAUCAUGGUCAAUACAUGGAAGGAUGGGAAAGUCGACGAAAGCGUGUCGCAGGCUACGACUGGUGCAUAGUACAAUUAGGUUUACCUGGAAAAAUUGUCGGUGUUGACAUUGAUACUAGUCAUUUUACUGGAAAUUAUCCUGUUGCUGCUUCUCUUGAUGCAUGUUACGUUAAAAAUGGAGAAAAGCCGGAUCAUUGGGAAGAGGUUUUACCUGCCGUUACCUUGGGUCCAAGCGCUCAUCAUUAUCAUAGUAUUCAAGUUAAAGGAAAUUGGACACAUGUCCGUUUGAAUAUUUAUCCAGACGGUGGAAUAGCUCGACUUCGUGUUUAUGGCAUCGUUCAAGUUCCAGACGAUCGACUAAAACAAGAAAUUGAUUUAUUAGCGAUUGAAAAUGGUGGUCGCGCGAUUGCUGCAAGUGACGAACAUUAUGGAAAUCCUUGGGCAUUGUUACGUCCCGGACGCGGUAUUAACAUGGGCGACGGUUGGGAAACUCGGCGACGACGUACACCAGGCAAUGAAUGGUGUAUACUAGCAUUAGGCAAAUGUGGACGAGUAUCACGUAUUAUAGUUGAUACUGCGCAUUACAAAGGAAAUUAUCCCGAUCGAUGUAUUAUCCAAGCAGCGAAUGCAACGAUCGAUCAUAGUAAAUCCUUAGUCACUCAAUCGAUGUUUUGGCAAACGUUAUUACCCGAACAGAAAUUAUCAAUGGAUGCUAUUCAUACUUAUGAAAAGGAUCAAUUGAACGAUUUAGGUCCAAUAACUCAUAUACGAGUAAAUAUUAUACCCGACGGUGGCCUGUCGCGUGUCCGUCUCAUAGGACGAGCUGAAUGA